CAAUAAUUCCUUUACAUUUACAUUAUGCAUUUUCAAGCUUAAAAUUGCUUUCAAAUAAAAAAUAAUAAAAAUAAUUUAUAAUAAAUAAUUUAUAAAGCCUGUCUGAUUUUUCAUUUGCUUUAAGAUUAUCCAUAUUUGACACCAUAGAGACUCUUCCAGGAGUUUAAAAAGGAAAAAUAAAAGCAGUAAUCAACCAGAUGUGGAAAAAUGUUGUAAGAAGUGCAAGAAGAGAGAAAAAGAAGAACAUAAUCUCAAAAAGAUAAAGAAAGUCAUGAAAAGAGACAGAAAACGAGAGGAAAGGCAAAAAGAGUGGUAAAAAAUUGCAUUUUUUUAGAAUAUAUAUAUAAAUAUUUUUGUUAAUGCCACUCCAUAGUCAUCGUUUUGUUCUAUCAUUCAAGUAUGUUUGUGUCUUGUCAUUAGCAAAACCUGAUAAACAAAUUACAUACAUGUAUUAUGAAUGUUUUAACCUGAGUAAGGAUUAAAAAAAAAAACAUGGGGCCCCAAUCUCAUCGUUCGCCCCCAAACUGCUUAUUUCCGCCCCUGCUGGCGAGGCGCGUCUUUUUCAGCACCAUGGACAGCGCCCCGCGGUGCAGCCGGGCCCUGCUGCGCCUCCGGGAAACCCUGUAGGACGGUUCAGGGUUUCCCCUAAUGAGGUGCACCUGUUGUCUGACGUCAGCACUCGCGAGAGAACCGUCUCAGGUGAACAGCGGCUCGAUAGGUUCUUUUUUGGUGUAUAAGUGGUGUUUAUCCCGCUUUUUAAGAAUUAUUUCUUUAAGUUUUCGCUUUUAAAAUGCGUGACGUUUUUCUGGUGAAGUUCCGGUAAAAGCAGGUUUUGUAACGCGUUACUGUACUCCGUUACUCUCCCGCUUUGCCUCCUCUCUCUCUCUCUCUCUCUCUUUGUCUGCGCCUCCAUGUGGGUUCUCCCUCCGCGCACUCCGAGCUGCGCCCCUGCGCGCGCCGCGCUCACUCCGUCCCCGUCACAGCAGCAGGAGGAGCCCCCCCGCGCACACCAGCCGCUCACGCGCCGCGGACAAACGGUGAAAUGUUGCUGAAUCCGCGCCUGAACAUCUCUGCGUUUCUGUCGAGCUGCGCGUCUGCGGGCGGCGCGGGGAAACCUCUGCGGGGCGCGCAGCCGGGCAGCUGAAGUGGAGCGGAGAGAAAGGAGGAAAAAACCAAAAAGCAUAAAGAAAGAGGAGGAUGACAGAGUGCUGACAAAAGAACCCGCGGGGAGCCCCUCUGGAUCCGGUUUCAGCGCUGCGUAACGGGACCGGCUCGCUCGUUCUCGGACGGCCAGAGAGCAUCCUUCCUGGAGGGGAACCAUGCCCGUCCGGAGGGGUCAUGUGGCGCCGCAAAACACCUUCCUGGGAGUCAUCAUCCGGAAAUUCGAGGGACAAAAUAAAAAGUUCCUCAUCGCUAACGCCCGCGUGCAGAACUGCGCCAUCAUCUACUGCAACGACGGCUUCUGCGAGAUGACGGGCUUCUCCCGGCCGGACGUCAUGCAGAAGCCGUGCACCUGCGACUUCCUGCACGGCCAGAGCACCAGCCGGCACGCCGUGGCCCAGGUGGCUCAGGCGCUGCUGGGCUCCGAGGAGCGCAAGGUGGAGAUCACCUACCACCGCAAGGACGGCUCCAACUUCCUGUGCAAUACUCACAUCAUCCCGGUGAAGAACGAGGAGGGCGUGGUCAUGAUGUUCAUCCUCAACUUCGACUACAUCCUGGAGGAGGGCAGCAGCGACUCUCUGGAGAGACUCAACCACGCCUCGCCCUCCAAGGCUGACCUGCGAAAGAAGAAAUUCUUCCGCUUUCGCUUCUCGGCCUUACCCCUCCUGGGAAUCAGCAAGCAGUCCUUACCUCAGGAGGACCCGGACGCGGUCAUGGUGGACUCGCCGCACCACAGCGACGGCUCGGCGGCCACCCGGGACUACCAGCUGCCCGCCACCCGCGAGAGCUGCAGUCCCACGUACGCCAACGACACCCGCGCCCUCAUCGGCCCCAGCCACUGUUCCACACCCGUGUCCGGACCUCUAGACCACUCCUCGCCCAAAGGAGCCUGGGAUCGGUUGUACCUGGAAAAGCCAACUGCCGAGACCCAACACAAGAGCCAGGAGGCCACACUCAUAAGGGCUCCGUCAAUACCCGGCCUCACGCCGACCGCCUCCAGAGAGAGCGUCUGCAGUAUUCGUAGGGCCUCGUCCGUACACGACAUUGAAGGGUUUGGGUCCAAAUCCAAGGCGGUGUUCAGGGACAGACACGCCAGUGAAGACAAUGGUCGCAAUAUCAAAGUAUCACGUUCCUGGAUGGCUGGGGGGCCGCUCAGCCACAUCAAGUCCAGCCUGCUCGGCUCCACGUCCGACUCCAACCUCAACAAGUACAGCACCAUCAACAAGAUCCCGCUCAUCACACUCAACUUCUCUGAGGUCAACAACGACAAGAAGUGCCCCUCCCCUCCGUCCUCUGAGAAGACCAUCAUCGCGCCGAAAGUCAAAGACCGGACGCACAACGUCACGGAUAAAGUUACCCAGGUUCUUUCUCUCGGCGCCGACGUGCUGCCGGAAUACAAACUCCAGACUCCACGGAUAGACAAAUGGACCAUCCUCCAUUACAGCCCCUUCAAAGCGGUAUGGGACUGGCUCAUCCUGCUCCUGGUCAUCUACACCGCCAUUUUCACCCCCUACUCCGCGGCCUUCCUCCUCAACGACAUCGAGGAGCGGCGGAGGCGGGAGUGCGGCUACUCCUGCUCGCCGCUCAACGUGGUGGACUUGAUGGUGGAUAUCAUGUUCAUUGUGGACAUCCUGAUAAACUUCCGGACCACCUACGUCAACUCCAACGAGGAGGUGGUCAGCCACCCGGCCAAGAUAGCCAUCCACUACUUCAAAGGCUGGUUCCUCAUAGACAUGGUGGCAGCCAUCCCCUUUGACCUGCUGAUCUUUGGCUCAGGAUCCGAUGAGACGACCACUCUGAUUGGUUUGCUGAAGACGGCCCGUUUGCUUCGGCUGGUUCGAGUAGCCCGUAAGCUGGACCGGUAUUCAGAAUACGGGGCUGCCGUCCUCAUGCUGCUCAUGUGCAUCUUCGCCCUCAUCGCACACUGGUUGGCCUGCAUCUGGUAUGCGAUCGGUAACGUGGAGAAGCCUUACCUGGAGCAUAAAAUCGGCUGGCUGGACAACCUGGGGGUCUCCAUAGGGAAGAAGUACAACUACAGUGACCCCAGCUCAGGCCCCUCCAUCAAAGAUAAGUACGUGACGGCGCUAUACUUCACCUUCAGCAGUUUGACCAGCGUGGGCUUUGGGAACGUCUCACCGAAUACCAACUCGGAGAAGAUCUUUUCCAUCUGUGUCAUGCUCAUUGGCUCUCUGAUGUACGCCAGCAUCUUCGGCAACGUGUCCGCCAUCAUCCAGAGGUUGUACUCGGGCACGGCCAGGUACCACCUCCAAAUGCUUCGGGUCAAAGAGUUCAUCCGUUUCCACCAGAUCCCCAACCCGCUGAGACAGAGACUGGAGGAGUACUUCCAGCACGCCUGGACGUACACCAACGGCAUCGACAUGAACAUGGUGCUGAAGGGUUUCCCAGAAUGCCUGCAGGCGGACAUUUGCCUCCAUCUCAACAAGAGCCUCCUCCAGGGCUGUAAGGCGUUCCGUGGAGCCACGAAGGGCUGCCUGCGGGCGCUGGCCAUGAGGUUCAAGACGACCCACGCUCCUCCUGGAGACACGCUGGUGCACAGUGGAGACGUGCUGACGGCUCUCUACUUUGUGUCCCGCGGCUCCAUCGAAAUCCUGAAAGACGACAUCGUCAUGGCAAUCCUGGGUAAGAACGACAUCUUCGGCGAGAUGAUCCACCUGUACCCCAAACCGGGGAAGUCGUGCGCGGACGUGCGCGCCCUGAGCUACUGCGACCUGCACACCAUUCAGAGGGAGGAAAUUCUGGAGGUGCUGGACAUGUAUCCGGAGUUUGCCGACCAUUUCUUCACCAACCUGGAGCUGACCUUUGAUCUGCGCGACGAAAACACCAAGGCGACCUACCCAAAGAUGGGACAAUCCAACAUGGCUGACAUCAAGUGUCGACGAAGAGUUUCGUACAAAAGGAAGUCCUCCUCAGGAUCCCACAAGGAGCCCGUGGCCACCCUCUGCGACGCUAAGCAGAGGCGGCACGUGUACGCCUCCUCGUCACCUGAGAACAGGGAGUCUGCCGAGGAGGGGGAGGACGAGGAGGACGAAGAAGAGGAGGAGGAGGGCAGGGAGGAGGAAGAGGAGCAGAGGCCCCUGUGCUCCGGGGUUCUGGGUUACCCGGUGGUCCGGGACCACAGCCUGGUGGUCGGGCUGAGCAGCACGGCAGAGGCUCCGGCGGCGAACGCACAGAGUCAAAACUAUAAAGAACUCCACAAGGAGGGGUGGGCGCGUCCACAUCCUACGGGGGGCGCCGAGGACUCCCCCCAGUGCACGGGGAUGCGCGCCCCCGAGGACGACAGCGACUCGGACCUCACCUACGGAGAGGUGGAGCAUCGUCUGGACCUGCUGCAGCAGCACCUGAACAGACUGGAGUCUCAGAUGACUGCAGACAUUCAGGCCAUCCUGCAGCUCCUGCAGAGGCAGACUGCAGCCGUCCCCCCCGCCUACAGUACCGUUACAUCCGGUCCGGAGUACCAGAGCGCCGCUGUCCCGCCGUCUCUCCAGACAAACGUCAUCCAGAGUUGUCCUUUCAAAUCCAAAGAAACCCCCCCGGUCCUCCUGCCUGCGGAGGUUCAUCCAGACCGGCACGCCGCCGCCGCUCAGAAGUGCUCCGUGGACGCCGUAAACUCUGCAGAGCGGCAAAGGCUACCGACGGGCCGACAAGCGUCUCUACCCAACGUCCCCAACAGCUCGGGAGUGCCGGAGCUCCACAGACCGCUGUCUGACCCGGGACUCCCGGGGAAGUAGGCCCCGCCCCCCCCUUAACCCUUCUCUGAUCACUGAAGGUAUUCUCUCACGCUUGACUCAGGGUCUAAGAAUGAGACUGAAUAUGCAAAGGAUUCAAACUGUAGACUUUCUUCCAUUCCUUUUGAGAUCAUCUCAGCCGUCCUGAAGCUGAGCUAGCUGUACAAACCCAUUUAUACUGAGGUAUUUAUACACAAUAUAGUCCGUAUAUAUACAGUCAUCUGUGUGUACAUAGCUCAUGAGAACACUGCCAGCAACGCCCGGCACCCAUGUGCGUUCUCCUAAGAAGAUAUGCAUGAUUUAGUUUUCUUUUCUCAUCUGCUGCAUGUUCCUCGCACACGGAUGGGCGGCGUUCAGGUGGGACGCUCACUGCACGCCGGCCACGUCUGUGUCUGACAGAGCAAGGAGGCGGGUCCGAACGUUUUGUGUGCCUAAUGUCCAUUAUUACGAGCCCCUCCCCCCACCCAGGCGAAGUAACAUGUGAGGAAGCCUCUGAGAGCAAUAAGAAGCCGCGAGGGCGUCACUCUGGAAACCUGAACGAAGAAGCGCCAACCAGCAGCUGUUGGGUUUAAAUCAUCGGAGCAGCACCGCAGUUCCUACCAGCUGGGAGGAUGCGAGUUUGACACCCCUGAUAUAGGGUAAAGUCAUGUUCAAACUUAUUAAACAUAAAUCCAAAUAUUCAUGAUUAAAUUAAUUCUCAAAGUUUAAUUUUCAGUUCCUUUACGCCAUAGAUUAAGCCAAAAUUACGGAUUAGCGUGGCAACGUAGCUUCAGUUAGAAACCCUUAUAAUCAGUCAGAACAGGUAGCCGGAAAGUUAGCCGUGCAAGAAACUCCUGUUUACAUAUAUUUAUAUAUAUAUAUUGUCAGCUCGCUAAUUGUUUAAGACACGUCGUUCUCCAAGAGUCUGAUCAUGGUGCACACAGAACACUGACCCCUUAAGGCAGUAGGUGGUACUGCACGUCAACUGUUGGCUUCAUUUAAUGUGAUCGUAAUGUGAAGCUUUUAGUGUGUAAUUGCGGUUGUUUCAUUUUAGCUUUAAUAAAAUCCAAAACUGUUAGUGUCUUACUAUUAUAAGAAAUAUUUUCAGGAAAAAGUUCUCUCCCUCAAAUUAUUCGACUAUUUGCCGAUGACUGACUGGUGGAAGAGAAUACCUUAAACAGUUUGCUUAAAGCCCAUAAUGCACUGUGUUUACUGUAAAGAAGACAGAGCAAUAGCAUAUUUGUGACUUAGUCUAAUACAUUUUGAUGCAUUUAGAAAAAAAAUAUUUCAUACUGCAAUAAAAACCUCACGUUCCGCAAUUUCCCCCCCAAAAAAUUGAAUUCUUAAAAUUAAUACAUGUAUAUGUAACAAUGUCAGGCACCAUUGUACAUAUAUUGUGAAUUUGAGUGCAUUAAGUUUAACAUUUGCGUCAUAUAAAACAAUAAAAUAAAUACCUUGUUUUGAUCAAUAGAAUGUGAGACAUUUUCAGGGAAAAUUUGAUGUCUGUGUUCAAAAAUGAAUGUCACCAACACUUAUGUAAAACUAACUAAUCAUUUUUAACAGUCCUCCAGUCUAAUAUUCAGAGAGAACGACUCAUAAAUGGCUUUGAAAAACUGGCAAUAAAGCUUAAAAUAAGUAAAUUUAAUUAUAUUUUAUUCAAAAUUAUUUUUCAAAGGUGGAGUGGAAAAUGAAAAUGCCUUACCUCCGGCCCUCAUGACAUCAGGCCAAAUCCAUCACCGUGGCUUCAUGAUACGCUGCCGCCAUUUUGAAAGCCGUCGACAGUGUCCGACUCGGUCUGAGUCACGUUUUUAGAGGAAUUACUGUCGCCAAUCAUCAGUGAGCUUGUUCAAAGUCCACAUUUUAUUCUGACAAAUAAUUGUCUAGGACUAUGUUCAAAUCCCCACCUACGACAUUAAUUUGCGACUCCACUGUGUUCAGAUGAUGAAAACGUUGAUAGUUUAUUAAAAAACUACAUUUAAACACGUUUGUUUUGCAAAAAUUGUUUGACCGCAAUGCAUUGUGGUCUAUAUUUGUUAGUGUAGCAAACAUUUAUGCACACUAGUUUGUCGCAAAGACUUCUGGGAAAUAUCUAAGGCAAUAGAUUUUGAAAUAGUAGAUUCGGACAAAAUGACCAACGGACUAUACAGUGAAAGAAUAUGGACAUAGUCUACGGUUUAGUAAUGAUUCUGUUGUGGUAUUUUAAAUUAUACUAACAGUAAUUUAUGUAAAGUCCAAACAAAACUGCAUAUUUUAAAUGUCUUUCAGGUGAGUUAGAGUGCUUAGAUGACUUGGUUCUUCAUUUCGACUACAUUGAAUUGCAAUAUAAAAUUUCAGACUUUACCAUCUAUUUUAGCGUUCUGAUUGGUUAUAGAUCUUGUCAAUCAAUCUCCUCCAUGUCUAACGUACAGAAUGCGUUUACUUCUCUAAAUCGACAUAUCUUUGAUCGUGAGCAGAUCUUGAAUGAAGUGUGUAGUGAGUUUUAGAGCCUUAGAACAUCUAUAAUCCUACUGUGCGCCAUAAGAGAGAAAAGUAUUCAUUUAAUUCACUGAAUGUAGCAUAAGCAGAUCCCCUUUACUUCCCAGUUGCAGCAUUGUUGCAUAAAAAUACAAAUGUGUAUUUUUGUUUGUAGCUAAUAUAUCUUCGGAUGUGAAAAAUGAUUUGGAGUUGUCACAUUUUUUACAUUUUAAAAAUGAAAUCAAUUCAGUAACAGACUGAUAGAACCCACAAAACUCUUGGACAACUUUGGAAAAAAAUGUGUUUCUAAUGAAUAUGGUGAAUCCUCGCAGCUGGAAGGAACUGCUGGUGGUUUUGCUGCAUGUUUUCGGUCUUCCAUGACAUUUGCUUCCUUGAAGAAUCUCUUUAAUUAAUCAUGACUGUAAAGUUACGCAAACUGGUCUCGCGUUUCAGGAACCCGAGACAGCCUUAGCUUUACUCACCUGCUCCGGCCUUUCUGAACCGUGUAACCGUAGACUGAAGUGCAUGCCGAAAAACCACUUAGUCCUCCUAGUUUUUGCAUAAAAACCUCUGCUAGCAUGGAGAGUGCACUAAAUUAACCCUAUCAGAACGUUUCCGUUAGACCUAUUUUUCUAAAUCUGUCAUUAUUUUUCUAUGUUAGGACGACGCCUCUCAACGUAGCAAGCAGGAUGUCCGACCGCUGCAUGCUGUUGCACUGUUUGAGUUCUCGUUUUCUUUAAAGCUCAUUGAGGAAAGAAGGAAUGCUUUUGUACUUCCUCCGUCUUAUUCCAAACUCCUCGUGUCCAGAGAAGAAAAAAAGGCUUGUCUGAACUUUUAUGGGAUUCGCAAACUUUUGCACAGAGAUAAAAAAAAACCUUGCUGUACUGGAACACAACAACAAUGUCACUUUUUAAAUCUAGUGCUGUUCACAAUUGUUUUUAUGCAUUUUUUUAAAGGUUUGCCACUGUAUUUUAUACAAUGCAACACUUAACAGCUGAUCUGAAUGUUUCUGUUGACUCUUAUUUAAACUGUAAAUAGAUUGGGAUGAUGCACAAUUGUACAGACGAAUAAACAAAUUACACAAUGA